CAACUAUUGAGAUUCACUCUGCGGACUAGUCUGCCUCCUAGUCUCCUCGCUUUCACGCCUGCGCUCAGAGUUACAAGAUGGCGGAGAGUGCGGAACUGAAGCAAAUGGUGAUGAGCCUUCGUGUUUCAGAGCUACAAGUGUUACUAGGCUACGCAGGACGCAACAAACACGGCCGCAAACACGAACUGUUGACCAAAGCCCUGCACCUCCUUAAGGCCGGCUGCAGCCCCGCUGUCCAGAUGAAGGUGAAGGAGCUGUACAGACGCCGCUUCCCCACCAAGAUGGUGUCUCCGGUGGACAUGGCCCUGCCCAGUGUCCACUCCACCCUGUCUGGAGGCCUCACGUCACUGGGGUUUGACAGCCACGGGUCCCCCUCGCCCCUCUCCCUGCUUGGGCCCAAACACGAGCUGGGCCUGCCCCACCUGCCCUCCUCCCUUCACCCCGUACACCCUGACGUCAAGCUGCAGAGACUGCCCUUUUAUGACAUGCUGGAUGAGCUCAUCAAACCCACCAGCCUGGCCUCAGACAACAGUCAGCGGUUUCAGGAGACGUGUUAUGCCUUUGCACUGACACCUCAGCAGGUCCAGCAGAUCAGCAGCUCCAUGGAUAUCUCUGGGACCAAGUGUGACUUUGCGGUCCAGGUUCAGUUAAGGUUUUGUUUAUCAGAGACGAGUUGUACCCAGGAGGAUCAUUUCCCGUCCAACCUGUGUGUUAAAGUCAACAGCAAGCCCUGCAACCUCCCGGGCUACCUUCCUCCAACCAAAAACGGAGUGGAACCCAAACGGCCGAGUCGCCCCAUCAACAUCACGUCACUGGUCAGACUGUCCACCACAGUACCCAACACUAUCGUGGUGUCGUGGACCUCAGAGAUAGGCAGGAGUUUCUCCAUGGCAGUCUACCUGGUCAGACAGCAGACAUCCACAACCCUGCUACAGAGACUACGAGCCAAAGGCAUCCGCAACCCAGACCACUCCAGAGCUCUCAUCAAAGAGAAGUUAACAGCAGACCCUGACAGUGAGAUUGCGACCACCAGUCUACGAGUCUCUCUACUCUGUCCGCUGGGGAAGAUGCGUCUGAUGAUCCCGUGCAGAGCGCUGACGUGUUCCCACCUCCAGUGUUUCGACGCUACGCUUUACAUCCAGAUGAAUGAGAAGAAACCCACGUGGGUGUGUCCUGUCUGUGAUCAGAAGGCCCCCUACCAACACCUCAUCAUCGACGGGUUGUUCAUGGAGAUCCUGAACAGCUGUGAGGACUGUGAUGAGAUCCAGUUUAAAGAGGACGGGAACUGGUAUCCCAUGAGGUCGAAGAAGGAGGUCACAGAGGUAUCUGCUUCAUUCAACGGGGAGGACGACUCGUGUCGGACAGUAGAAUCAGAGCACCACAGGAACAGCUCAUCCCACAGCAGUACCAAUAAGGUGGUGGUGAUUGAUCUGACUCUAGAUAGCUCUUCGGAUGACGAUCUGGAUGAUGAGCCUCCUCUCAAGAGGGCCUGUCCCUCCUCCUCGCUGUCCCCUGCCUCGCCGCCUGUCAGCAAGGGCGUGUUGAACCUCCACAGCCAGGCGUCUCCGGUGGCCAGAGCUCCCAGCAUGCCUCCUGUUGAGACCAGCUAUAUCCCCCCUCCACCCCCCCUCAUACAGGACUACAGCCACUACUACCACACCCCCAAUGACCUGGACCUCAACUUCUUCUCAUUCCUCCAGGGAGACAACCAUCAGCAUUACAACAUGGUGAUGGCAGCGGCGGCCUCUGCCUCAGAAGACCAUGACCUUCUCCUCAACCGCUUCCUGCCGUAUAGCUCCUCCCAGAUGUUUCUGGACCAACCAGGGACCCCCGGGGGCGGGAGCAGCGCCCUGCCAGCAGCCAAUGGGGGCAGCAACAGCGGGAGCAGCUCCAGUCUUGUUUCAUCUAAUAGUUUAAGAGAGAGGGAUGUAGAGAGGGAUGGAGAGCGGGAUAGAGAUGGAGACCGGGACAGCCAGUCGAGCAGGUCUGAUGCAGCGGCAGCGGUCAUAUAUGGCUCCAUACCAGACGUGAUCUCGUUAGACUGAAGGGAGGCGGGGGAUCGUCCACACAGAACGGAAAAACAACUUGAGGGAGGAAAUAGAAACGGAAGGGGACAAAUAAAUAAUAAAUAAAAAGUAGGAGAAAACAAUGCUAUGUACAGAGAGGAAAAUUAUAUUUUCAAUUUGACUUAUUAUAUAUAAGCUCCUGACGAUGACGAUGAUGAUGAUGAGUAACUUCAGUUGAUAUUUUUCUGUGGAUACUGAAGAUUUUUUCACGGCCUCUUCCUUCACGUGCCCCUGACCCCCCCCUGACCUUUUGUACUUCGUUCCUACUGUUUUAUUUCAAUAUUCCACGUCAACGGCAUUAUUUUUGUCUCAAAACAUGUUUGGACUUGUGCUUCGGAGCGAGAAGAGGAAUCUGUCCGUGUGCUUCGGAGCGAGAAGAGGGAUCUGUCCGUGUGCUUCGGAGCGAGAAGAGGGAUCUGUCCGUGUGCUUCGGAGCGAGAAGAGGGAUCUGUCCGUGUGCUUCGGAGCGAGAAGAGGGAUCUGUCCGUGUGCUUCGGAGCGAGAAGAGGGAUCUGUCCGUGUGCUUCGGAGCGAGAAGAGGGAUCUGUCCGUGUGCUUCGGAGCGAGAAGAGAGAUCUGUCCGUUUGUUUCCUCAUCACUGUAGAGUUAUUUUUCCUUUUUUUUUAAACGUUCAUUCUUACUGUGGUCAAUAAUAUUGUAUUUAAUUAUUUUCAAGGUAUUAUUUAUUAAUAUGCUUUCAAGUUCUGUUGGAUCCAUGUGUGCUGUGUAAAAAGCAUUCCCUAUGCUCCAUGUUGUUGAUGUCACUAGGAUCACACAGGCUAGCCUGGCUGCUGUCUGUCUGUUGUCGUGGAAUGGUAGCACUGACAGACUGGUACCCAGGCUGGUUAUAGAUCCACUACUGUGGUUUCUCUGGUUGGUGUGCUCCCUCUCUCAUCUCUUUCAUUUAGCUGAGGAAACUUUACUGCAGCGUCCUUCCUUAGUUGUUUUCACAUUAAAGAAAUAUUAUUAAAAUAGUAUUGAAAUUGGCAUCAUAGUUACACACAGCAAAUUUUCAUUAUGGGGGGGGGGGGGGGGACAAAAUGAUUUCAAUCCAGUGUAUUACUACGGCACCUUGAUAAAUGUAAGCACUUCUAUUUUCAUGCGGGGUGUAUCUUUGACUCACUUUUUCACCGAGUCAUCCAAGGAAAACAAAACCCCAAGUAUAUUGAAGUUGCAUUUGGAACAGAGAACAAACUGCAUGGCUUUUCAUGCCUGCUAUCUCUGUCAGUCUCUCCUCGCUCUCCUCUCACUCACCAGAGUCCAGUAGCUCUAUAAUGUGUGGUCUGAUUUAGAGUGGUCAGUGUGACUGUGCUAGAGUUCCUGUUGAAUGCCUGACAGAGACGGUCUGUGACAGCAGCAUCACGCACCGCAUCCACACUAAAGGGCCGACCCGAACGGUACUGUGAUGACUUGGGGGUUUUCUUUGGCUCUUUCCAGAACUUUUGUGGAUGUGGAACCAGGCCAGCCCAGUACAGCUUGGCUCAGUUAGGCCCUAUAGUGUGGAAUGGGCCAUAGUGGUUUUGAUACCAUUAUCCUGUCCUUCGUUCUAUAAGCCUUCUGUUUCCUUCCUGUGUACACAGUUAGUAUUAUUUAUUAUUUCCUCUCUUAGUUUUGGUUGAUUCAUGAAUAUGCAUUGCUAUUGUCCUAUGAUAUUUCUUUAGUAAUUCUAUGAUUCAUGAAUAUGCAUUGCUAUUGUCCUAUGAUAUUUCUUUAGUAAUUAUACGAUUCAUGCUAUUUAAGAGGUCAUUGUCGCUUGAUCUGCAUCAUUGUAACAAACCAAUUCUGUUUUAGUUUUUUUUUUUUCCUUCUGUCUGUUGUGCUAUUGAAUGAUGUCAAUAUCACAACAGAGGCCUGGAGCAUUUUGAUGGUCUCUGGGCUCUACUGUGUUGUUUGAUAAUUGUAUGAAUUAAACCGAUAGAUACAGCAAGACGACAGACAAGUAAUGGUAUGCUCUGGCCUCUGCAAGAAGUAGAGCUAGUCAAUAAAUCACUGUGUACGAGGGGUUGAAUCGAGGUGCUUUUUCAGAAGUAAUUUAUGUUCCUUUUCUUGAAUGCAGCCUGUUCAGAUGAUGGUGUCGCCAUGACCUUACGCUUUGCUGACCUUUACUGUUUUGAAUGAAAUACGAGCUUGGCGAUGCCUGGAUUAGAGUUUUCAGAUAUUUUAAUAGGUUAAGUGAAUGGCAUCAAAACAGGACCCUUAACCUAAAUGUCAAGAUGGUAAGGAGCCCCUAAAUGUGAUAUUUAGAGAGUUAAAUCGCUCUGGGUCUGUUAAGGCAGUGCACGGCAGGUGGGUGCUGCUGGCUCAUUGUAAACAACUACAAAUAUAUAACUAGCCAUCCUUGUUCUGUGACAACCAUCCAUAGCUGAGAUUAGCAGAAGAUACACAGCUAUCUAGCACGGCUAAACGCAAUAAAUGUCUUGUUAACUAACUAGUUAAAUCAAAUCUUUGGCUGAAAGAUCCCAGAUUGCCCCCAAAAGAUGGCUAGUAACAUAGGCGAGACCGCUAUUUUCUAGCUCGCCAGCUAGUGGCCAGGUCCCCGGUGUCCGAUACGGAGCCUGAAGUCACGGCUCCUGCAUAGCAACCUAGCCCGGUUGCAUAAAACCCCCUAUGUUUAAUGUACCCCUUAUAUUUUCCCUGAAAGUUUCCUUCACUUUAAGUUAGUUGCACAAAUCUUUUUUAAGGUGAAUUUACCCCUUAAAUUAAGUGGAAAAAAAGUUUCAGGUUGGCCAUGAGGUCUCUUAACUGCUUCAUUCAAUAUGGAUAGCAAUGUAAACAGCAUUUUGUGGAGGUGAAUGUUGCUUUCCUCUGGCCUGGUUCAGAAGGGAAACAUCCACCAGCCAGCUAGAUGGGUACUUAACUGAACAAUGGAAGGAUCUAGAAUGGGACAUUUUUACGGUGUGGUGCCUUUUGGACCUCAUCGCUUUUGGGGGGGAAAUUAUAUUUUAUUUUAGUAUUCUUUCUAAAAAAAAUGAAUAUUGGUUAAAACUCGGGCACUUUUUUUAAGGUGCAUUUUCUAACCGGUUAGGUGCAUAAUCCUAACAGGGUGGAACAUAACAAGGUGGACAUUUGGAGCCCAAAUCAGCCAUAGCUCUGUGAGUGAGCAAGAUUGAGCUAGCAUAAUGGUGAACCCUUGGAACAGGAUUCUCUAUCAAACAUAUUUUAACGUUUUGGAAUGUGGUUAAUUUUCUCCUUUAUUUUAGCCUAGCAGGGUGGACAUCAUCGACAAAUAGAUACAACUAAGGGUUUAUAUUUAUGUACCUUUUUAAACCAUUGUUUUCCCACCGAAUAAAUGAUGAUACUUCCU